AUGGAGAAGAGGCUGCAAUGGCUCCAAGCAGCAGCCACAGAUAUUAACGCUGAAGCCCCCACUGCCUAUAGUGGCGAUCUCGAGUAUUUCGCAAAUCUCUCCAUCGGGAAUCCGCCGGUACCUUUCCUGGCCUUAAUCGACACGGGCGACGGCCUAACAUGGACCCAAUGCGCACACUGCCGCCACUGCUCUGCACAGCCGACUCCCUUAUUCAAUCCCAAGAAGUCCAGCUCGUACACCGCGUUAAAUUGCCCGAACGAUAAAUGCAAACUGCACGAUCCCGAUGGUUGCAAUGGAUUGCCGCCUGGCACCAAAUGCAAGUACAGAAAAGUGUACCUAGAUGGCACCGGGACCCGAGGCGACCUGGCCACCGAGACCCUCUGGUUUGGGGACGUCCACGUCCCCGGAGUCCUAUUGGGCUGCGCAUUUCACAGUUACGGAGAUGUACUACGUGGAGGCACGGGGACCUUGGGCCUGAUGCAGUGGAACGACAGCAUUGUCUCCCAACUCGACGUGCGCGCCUUCUCCUAUUGUCUGCCCAAGUUCGGCUCCAACGAGAUCGGCCGUCUGUUUGUGGGUAGUGGGGCCCGCACGCCCCCAUGUGCACUCACCACGCGGCUGCUCAGGUACCCAGGCUACCACGGAAGCCUUUACCAUCUCCAUCUCCAGUGGAUCACCAUCAAUGGAGUCCCCGUCCCCAUCAACGCCUCCGCGUUCAGCGCGACAAACAACGAUGGGUCAAGGGGUAUGAUCAUCGACUCGGGAACAACGUUGACGUAUCUCGAGAGGAGCACGUUCGACGCCGUUGCCCGGGAAAUCACCCGCCAGAUCAGACUCCCACGGACCAGCCAUGGGUACCUUACCUUGUGCUACAAAUGCCCGAAAGGCCACGCGGGGGGAAUUCAGUUUCCGAAGAUCGUGCUGGGAUUCGAGGGGGCAGCCCUGGAGUUGCCGUCACAAAACUACUUCUUAAUUUUAGAGGAUAAGGGGAUCAUGUGCGUGAUGAUGGAUGCUAGUGAUUCGCCCUUAUCCUUUUUUGGCAAUUUUCAGCAGCAGAACACAUUGGUGGUUUACGAUCUGGCUAACCACAAACUAUCUUUUGUUCCCAAUACAACGUGCUUCGUGUUCAUUUUCCCUUCUUAUAAACUGACUGGGAAUUAUACUGAGCAUGGGGAAUUGAUUUGGAUACUUUGGUGUGGCAUCCAGAUCCUACUGGAAAUCUUAGUGUUAAAUCAGCAUACCAGAGGAACAAAAACAGAAGAAUCAAGUCGAGAGCAGUUCUUGCAAGAGAAAGAAAGGAAAACAUGGAAUCUUAAGCUGAGGAAUAGACCGGUUUGCAUCAUCGGUCGAGCAACCUCGAAGUGGAGAAAACCGGAUUGGGAGAAGGAUGAUAGACCAAAAAGAAGGAGAUCGAGCAGAAUAGCAGAACUGGUCGAGGAUCAACCAGAAGGGAGGAGAUCGAGCAGAAUAGCAGAACUGGUCGAGGAUUGA